GGCUUGUACAGUCUUGGUAUCAAACACCACUUUAUAGGUAGCAUUCGGCGUCAAACACUUGCGGACACUCCUUUGCCAAACAUUUGCAGAGCAACAUGUUGCAUGCAAGAAGAUUGUUGUUGCAAAAAUUGCAGAGCGAUAUUCACAGGAUUGCCUUCUUUUCAACUGCUACUAAUGUUUCCCUUGAUAACAGAGCCUCACCUCCAAAACUCUGCAAUCUUAUUGGGGGGAAGCUUGUGGAUUCUCGCUCUGAUGUGUUUAUCGAUGUGAUUAACCCAGCAACACAAGAGGUUGUUUCUCAAGUUCCCUUGACGACUAGUGAUGAGUUUAAGGCUGCAGUAAAUGCAGCCAAACAUGCCUUUCCUUCAUGGAAGAACACACCAGUCACUUCUCGACAGCGUAUCAUGUUCAAGCUCCAGGAGCUCAUCCGGAGAGACAUGGAUAAACUUGCCCUGAAUAUUACCACUGAACAAGGAAAGACGUUGCGUGAUGCACAGGGGGAUGUGUUUCGUGGUCUAGAGGUGGUGGAACAUGCUUGUGGUAUGGCUACUCUACAAACAGGUGAAUUUGUUCAAAACGUGUCUAAUGGGAUUGAUACAUACAGCAUCAGGGAACCUCUGGGUGUUUGUGCUGGAAUAUGCCCAUUUAAUUUUCCUGCUAUGAUUCCUUUGUGGAUGUUUCCCAUGGCGGCAACGUGUGGUAAUACAUUUGUGUUGAAGCCUUCAGAGAAAGAUCCAGGGGCAUCUAUGAUGCUUGCCGAGCUUGCAAUGGAGGCUGGUUUACCAGAUGGUGUCCUAAAUAUAGUUCAUGGAACUAAUGAUGUUGUGAACCAUAUUUGUGAUGACGAAGACAUUAAGGCAAUAUCAUUUGUGGGUUCAAAUACAGCUGGAAUGCACAUUUAUGCUCGGGCAGCAGCAAAAGGAAAACGUGUUCAGUCUAACAUGGGAGCAAAGAACCAUGCAGUUGUCAUGCCUGAUGCAAAUAUUGAUGCUACCUUGAAUUCUCUAGUUGCAGCUGGUUUUGGUGCUGCUGGGCAACGGUGCAUGGCGCUUAGUACAGUUGUUUUCAUUGGAGAUUUGAAACCAUGGGAGGAAGGACUAAGGGAGCGUGCUGAGCAACUUAAAGUAAAUGCAGGAACUGAACCUGGUACCGACCUUGGCCCAGUGAUCAGCAAGCAGGCAAAGGAACGUAUCUGCCGAUUGAUAACAAGUGGCGUAGAAAGUGGUGCUAGGCUCGUACUUGAUGGGAGAAAAUUUGAGGUACCAAAUUACAAGAAUGGGAACUUUGUUGGCCCCACCAUCUUGAGUGAUGUGAUGAGUGACAUGGAGUGUUAUAAGGAGGAAAUUUUUGGACCAGUUCUACUUUGCAUGCAGGCCGAAAGUCUAGACGCGGCUAUUAAACUUGUCAAUAACAACAAGUAUGGGAAUGGGACAUCUAUAUUUACCACUUCAGGUGCAGCUGCUAGGAAAUUCCAGGCUGAGAUUGAAGCUGGCCAGGUUGGUAUAAACGUUCCCAUACCAGUACCUCUGCCAUUCUUCUCCUUCACUGGAAAUAAGGCUUCUUUUGCAGGAGACUUGAACUUUUACGGCAAAGCUGGAGUACAGUUCUACACCCAAGUCAAAACUGUGACCUCUCAGUGGAAGGAUCUGCCAAGCCAGGGAGUAUCCUUGGCAUUCCCAACCUCACAGAAGAUAUAAUGGGAAUAUACAUCCUUGUCUUGUUCCAGUCAUCUGUGUACAAUCUUUCCAGUUCUUACAUGGUCUUAUAUCUAUCAUAGUGAUGUCAACUCCCUGAUGCUAUUUAAUUUGGACCUAAUAAAGUCAGGCCUUUGAUACGUGUUUUACCUUA